UUGAAACAUGCAGUCACAUGGGCAGCUCAAACCCGUGACGUUAUCAAACAACCCUUUGGGGGCAGGUGCGCCAUUUUGGCUCAAACAAAGUCGGAAAUUAUUUACUUUGCAAUUUCAUAUUAUUUGGCAUGCUAACAUCGCUUAAUACUUUUGUGAACCUUUGUGAUGAUAAAGUAUCUUAUGUGAGCUCAUGGUUCAACCAUGUUCUAUUUAGUUUUGUUUCCUAUGAGAACAAGUGUAAAGUUCUGGUAGCCUUCGCUAGCUACAAGCUAGCUCUGUUGUUUGAUUGGAAUGCAAGUAACUGGGGCUAUAGUUCGCUUGCUAGCUAGCUGCAUGCAGCAGUUUUGACUUGUUAGCGCGAUAGGUAUGGGUGGGUGUUCCGCUCCAAAUUGCUCAAACUCAACAACCAUUGGGAAGCAACUAUUUCGUUUUCCAAAAGAGCCUAUACGCAAGAAUAAAUGGCUUGUAAACUGCCGGCGUAAUUUUGUACCAACUCCACAUUCCAGACUGUGCCAGGACCAUUUUGAGCUGAGUCAGUUUGAAGAAAUAGCCAGGUCGCCAGCAGGGGGAAAGAAGCUGAAACCAAACGCUAUCCCCACUCUUUUCAGUGUGCAAAAUCCACCUUAUCCCAUCACCCCACAGAUAGUGCUACCUUUCAAACCAGAGCCAGAGAGAGAUUUGAAUGUGGGGGAUCAUGGCUAUGCACGGCGGCAACCAACUCUGGGCAUGGAGGAAGAUGCUGAUGAACUACACAAGGCAGAGGAACGUCCCUGCACCCAUUGUAAACCUUACAAAACCCUGCUCGAACAAGAAAUGCAACACACUGCCAGACUUCAGAAAGAGGCUGAGGAAAUGAAGAAGAGGAUGUUCAAACUGGACAGAAUAGAGAGGGGCCUCCAGACAUUUCUGUAUGAAGACCAGAUCCGUGCCCUGACCCUGACCAAGCGUUCCCGGAGAGCUGUGUGGUCCCACGAGACAGUGCUGAAGGCUCGUAAAAUCCGAUGUGCAGUCGGUGCCAAGGGUUAUGAAUUCCUUCGGGAGUUAGGCUACCCUUUGCCCUCUUAUAGAACUUUAUGCAACCGCCUGGAGGAGAAAAUCAUGGUGACGACAGCCAUGGGCUGUGAUGAGCUUGCAGAGCUUGGUCUAGGAAUCAUAUCUACAUGUGACAGUCCAGAGGGAGAUGGGGACAAUGAGGAGGCUUUCAUUGGAGUGAUGUCAUGACUCAUGAAUGAGAGAUUUUUGAUCAACUUGUUUGACUAUGUGUUUCAUUUUGAAGAAUGCAAGGCAAAAUGACAGGACAAUAUAACAGAGACUGACGACAGCUAGUAGCCCUAUGCGGUGAAGAACAUGUGGAAGCAUAUGUACAGUGGGAGAUGUUAGUGUUAAAGCGUUCUUGCUUCUGGACUUGGUUUCACAUAAAAGUUUUUUUUUUUUUUUGAAUGGUUUACUCAUGCUAAAGAAUUUGGUGUUUUAUUUUGGGAAUGAAACAUAAGCUCCUUCAAAACAAUAAAGAGCAGCAGUCAUCUGCCUUAAAGCGGCAAUCGGCAGUAGAAACAAUAACAAAGCGUCCUCCCCACCCCUGGCUCAGUAAAAAGCUGAGCGAUGGGGCUGGAGAAAUUUAAUCACUCAAAUUCAUAGACCUAUAGAUGCAAGGAUUGACCAUCCAUGAUAUCAAAAUUAUAGUUUUAACAAUGUUUUGAGGCUAUAUAGUGUUUGUUACAUUUUCUUUGUCUACAAAUAUUGGAGUAAAACAAGCUUAUAUUUGGAGUUCUAAUGGGGUUUGACAGUUGAACUAAGUUCAUGAGACAUAAGUUAUAUUCUUCAAGAAUCAAUGAGUACACAUUAUUAAUUUCUAAGUCCAAAAAUGGAUGUAGCAACUGCUGAUUGCUCCUUUAAGCUUUGAAGCUGCAAUUUCAAAUCACCUUUGUGCUCGAUGUGAGAACAUAAUUCAGAAGCUACGCUAAAUAAUUUGUUGUGCACCUUUUUUCUUCAGAAUGUUUGACAAAUACAAAGGAAGAGCAGAAUUUUUA